GGAAGUCAUGAACACAUGUGCGUUUCAGUCUCUGCGCCGCUGAGCCGAACAUCUGCACAGAUGUGUAUGACGGACCGUGACACAUGAAAACAGCACGUGCGGCCCCGGUACAAAGCAGGAGCUGCUGAGGGGCCCCGACUCACCGCCUCGUGAUUAACCGGCGCUCUGCCUUCAUGUCGCGGCUGUGGGACAGCAGCAGCAGCAGCUUACCGGUAUUAGCGCCUGCUGCUCCCUCUGCCCCCCCGGGGUGGGUGUGCAUCGUCGAAGCUGCUACUGUCUCUUUAAAUUUACCCAGGAGCCCCUUAAGGAGCCCCAGGGGCCCCUAGUCCGGCUCCCCACCCUGAAGACAAGCAAGAGCCUAAAAAUUCAUGAGUAGAGGCCUGAGCCGAGGCGCCUCCACCGAGCACCGCGGAGCAGCGGCCCUUUUCGCCGGUGGAUUUAUGAUUGUGUGCUUGCAUGAAAAGUUAACUUGGCUCCCGUGCGGGGCGCGUGGGGGGACCGCGGAGAGCACGGGCUCCUCGGCGGUGGGCUCGUUAUAGAGCGCCUGGCAGAUGCGUGUCGAACGCUGCGGAGCGGCGAGAACGUGUUGUUGUUGUGAGGGUGACAUGCCCCACGACGGCGACACGACCCACUGAACGAAGCACCGCCAACCACGACUAAAGCGAGAGCAGCGAUCCAGUGAUGGAAGAGAAAGGAGCGGGGCAGAGGGAGCCCGUGAAGCUCCGCUGUGCCUAUCAGCCGGAGCUGCUCUCAUUAAUAACAAGCGGGCAGGAGGAAACCACGCAGGAGGAGAGCGAGUUAGUAGAAGACGGCCUUGCCAAUGGCCAUGGAGAGGUGGAGUCAGAGAGCGGUGUGGUCACGCCUGUCAGGUCACCAGGCACCAGCUACUGGAGCAUCACAGAGAGCCCAGAUCACCCUCUCCUCCUCUCCCUGGCCCCGGGGCCCUCUGGAGCCAAACCCAGGGUGCAGAGAGCCUCGCGUCCAGGCCUGAGCCGGAUUCCAGGCCGUGACCACCGCCGGUACUACCACGAGUACUGGCGCAGCGAGUACCUGAUGGACUUUGACCCCCAGAGGCACGGCAUGAUCUGCAUGGUGUGCGGUAGUUCAUUGGCCACUCUGAAGCUCAGCACUAUCAAGAGGCACAUCAGACAGAAGCACCCAGACUCCCUGCUGUGGAGCGCUGCCGACAAAGAGGUGAUCCGCUCGGGGUGGGAGAGCCACCUUAGUUUGGGGGGAGGGCAGAAGUUAUACAGCCCUGCUUCUGGACCCUCACUUCAGGGAGAAGAGGACACUCGGCACUCAGGUCAACAGACUGGAGCAGAAACUGCAGAUCCUGUGACAGCCGAGGAGCAAACCCAGCAGCCCAUCAGCCUGACUCCCUGCUCUGUGGAGGGUGAAGCCCCGCAGCCUAAAGAAGAGGAGCAGUACCUGCCCGAGCCGUCAGCGCAGAUCUUGGAACGCUAUCUGAAUGACUCGCUGCAUGCCUGGUUCCGUCAGGAGUUCUUGAUGGAAUAUGAGUCUCAUGCCGGUCGGCUGCUGUGCAUGGUGUGUGGAGCGGUGCUGCCCUCGCUUCACCUGGACCACAUAAAGAGCCACCUGCUGGACACCCACCCUAACUCACUGGUGUACAGCUCUGAGGAGAAGCACUGCAUCCUUCAGGCCUGGACUCAGACUCACGCAGAAGAAGCGGAGCACUCAAACAAAUCAGAGACCAACACCAAAGAUGGCGCUGUGGGGCUCUUCUCUGAGGACGUGGAAACCAUCCAGAUCAACACUGACGUGUACACGGAGGGCGACGGCACUUUAACUCAGGACACUUGUCUUAUUGGUGAAGACGGCGGUGUCGGAGUUCCCCAGCAGGCUCUGCAGCCCUUCCGGCAGCCUAAGAAGAGGAGGCUACACGGGGGCGACCCAUGGCGGCUGCGUCUGGACUAUCUGGUGGCCUACGGACCUCAAGGCCAGGGCAUGUUCUGUAUGGUGUGUUCUCAGGUCCUGCACGAAACCAAGGUUAGCAGCUUCCGCCGCCACAUCCAGGAAUGUCACCCAGAGACCACAACCCUGAGCCGACAGGAAAGGGAAGCCAUGGCUGCAGCCUGGACCAAAGAUUACCCCAGUGAAGGCAUGCAGAUACAAGAUGAAAUCAACCCCAGUGAAGUUGAUGUCCUCAGUACCGCAGGAGAGACAAAUGAAGAUGCCUCCCCUGAUGUCAAAAUACCCAGCAAACAGGUGAUAAAGGAGGAAGGUGUGGGCGAAGGCAAGGGCAAAUCAAAGGAUGGCGGCGCUGCAAACACACCUUCUCGUCAUGGUCAUUACCCCGGGAAGGACCAGAGGAGGAACUACCAGGUGCGCUGGCGGACGGAUUACUUGAUGGAUUACGACUGUAGGAGGCACGGGCUGAUCUGCAUGGUGUGUGGAGCCACUCUGGCCACACUGAAGGUCAGCACUAUUAAAAGGCAUAUUCAGCAGGUCCACCCUCACUCGCUGUAUUUCAGCGCAGUGGAAAAGCAGCAGGCCCUGCAGAGCUACAACCAGACUGCCCUGCAUUUCAUCCAUUCUGAUGACUGCUUUUCACCCCGGGACCAUGGACAUACUGAGCUGGCCCCCACUUCAACACACUUGGACACUUAGGAAGGGCUUCUGUCUGUUGCUCCUCACAUGACUUCAGAAACAGCCCUCCUUGUUUUCUUGAAGGGAAAUUCAGGUAUUUGUAAUUUGUAAAAGACUGCAAUUUCCCUUUAAGUCUGCAUCUGGGAGUACUGCUGUGGCUAAAGGACAAUAACGGGUGCCACACGGGAAUCGACAACAAUACAAAUAUCACGCAGCCUAAAAACAAAAUCAAAGUGCAGCCACUCAUUUGAAACUAAAGCUUUUUUGCACAUCGCCUGUUUUACCUGAGGACCUCACAAGAUUUUUGGAAAUUAUUGCUUUAGAUGUACAAAAUGUAUGUUUUGCUGAUGUAUUUAUUUCCUAGCCUUGUAUCUGUUGGUACUUUAAAUAUAAAUCAACAUGAACCCAAGUGGGUGGUCCUCUGGAGCACUCGGAUAAUAUCUCUGAAUCUGCGGACACAAACUGUAGAGUAAUGCUAAGACACUUUUUAAAAGUAAUGUAUAGAAAAAUGACAUGGGGCUCAUGCUUUUGGUCCAGUCACAUUAGCCACAUUCACUGCUAAUGUGGCUAACACUGAACAUAGAUGGAUCUUCUUAUUGUUGGGGGACUUUCGCUUUUCACAUCCCAAGAAUUGAUGCAGUGUUCUCUUUGGCAGCCAACAACAAAACAUUUCUGCUUUGCUUCUCGAUAAAAUAUUGUAAUGUGUCAGUUAGCAGAAGCAGCUCUAAAAAAGAAAUAACGAUGAGCUGCUAGGCAGCUAGCUGCAUGUGAAUUUAUUCUGCUCCUUGGGCUUUGUGGGCGUACCAAACUAGCUGCUAAUGUGCCAAUAUGCCAGUUUUGUUCAAAUUUGAUGGGGUCCCCAGGUACAGGCGCAUACAGAGCAGCAUUUAUGAUGGCAACAUUUAACAGCCAAGGCUAAUAGUUAUGUUUAUGUCAGAAUCAUAGCAAUGCAUGGACUUAAUACUUUGUCAAGGUUGACAUGUCAUCAAGGCAAGAUAUUAGCUGUGCUGCACCUUCAGCAUUCAGCUGCAACUGCUCCUCUGGAGAAUAAAGUGCCCCACAAAAGAACUGAAAGUAAUGGGACAGCUAUGUCUUUAAUAACCUUUUGCCUAAUUAGCAAGCUUGCUAACUGGCAGGUAGCAGUUGUCUACCAGUUAGCAUAGCGGCACUGUUAUGCUUGAUGUUCUGAUUCCUGUCCUCCAAAAAGGAAAGCUUUACUGAAUGCUGAAAGCUUCGAGUUUAGUGUAAACACAACAAAGAUUUCCAGUGAAAACAUCCCAACGUGGCAACAAACUCGCAAAUUCCACUUUGAGGUCACCAGGCUACCCUCUUCCUGGGCUAGCUAGCUCGCAGACAGAAUUAGCAGUUCAUGUUGUGCGUCUCAUGUGGGCUAGUUCAGGAAAAACAGAAAUAACUCUCUGGUCUGAAUCAGUGUGGAAUAUUUAAACACUGAUACUCGUUCAUGUAUUUCACAGCAGACGUUAGCUUGUCAGAGGAGGAAAAGGUCAGGCAAGCUCAGAGAGGACUUCUAAUACCAAUGCCCUAUUUUGCAUUUCUACAGAAAGGCAUUCAGAUAUGCAAUAAAAUAUAAUAACUUAAAAAAACGCUUGAUCUCGCCACAAAGUUUCAAGAUGCUCAGCAGUGCUCGCUAACAAAGGGGUGAGCAAGUUGCUGACUGAGUGGAGAUGAGCCAUUGGUUUCCCUGCUACAAGUCAAAAUGUUUGUUCCUUCGAUACCCAAUGAGUAUCUGGACUUAAGCACUUAUGGCACGGUGAACUCCUGGAAAUGUGGCAUUGUGGGGGCCUGAGUCUUCUCUCAGGAAGUAAGAAACAGAGUGCUCAGUGAGGCGAGCAAGAAAACUGAGUCAAAUUUAAGACAACUCAGCACUUUGUCCCCUGAAAUGUACUAAACCCCAAAUGUCCUCGUGUGCAUCCAAUAGAAUGAGACUGUUUGAUGUUAUUGCUGAAGACAAUGAAUGGCAGCGUGCAGUCACUGGGUUCACAUCACUCCAGUCUAUUUAAUCUCUUGUUUACAGAGGAGGAAGAGGAGGCCCUCUUCUCACUUAUCCUCAGCAUUUGGCAUCAACAUCAGCCUGAAUCAUUUUGUUAGCUAAAAGCUGUACAAAAAUAUGUAAAUAUGAAUGAUUAUUUCUUUAUAUGAGCACUUUGAUGCAGCCUGGUUUCUACAGUCCGUUUGUAAUUAUAUCCAGUUUUUCUACUUUAUUCCAAACAGCGUCAUUCUUCAACACUUGGAGCGAAGCUUGUUGAACUUCUGCCUUCACUUUGAAACCUUCGCUCCAGCUCUGGUACCGCUUCAUAUUUUUCAUUCACUGUACAAAGUUUAUGCAACGAAGAAAACUGAAGAUGAAUUAUUUGGAAAAGAAAAGUCGGCCAUAACCAGUUUUUCACCUGGAAAUUAUACCUCAGGGAUUUUGUUUUCAUCGACAGCCCUUUCACAUAAUCGUUCUCACCUUGUAGGCUGUCGAUGUACUGAUGGAAGAGUCAGGAUUGGUUGUACAGGUGGGAGAAAUAUGAGAACGUGGGCCACUGUUUAAAGAAAACAGAAGUCUAAAAACGUUACUUUUUUAUUGUAUUUUUAAGAAGUUGUGCUUUCACAAAAAGUUGGAUUUUAAGGGGAAAAAGUCAUGUUUUAAGAAAAAGUCACGUUAGAAUCUCAUAGAAUUUUACAAUUGUGAGCAAAAAAACAUAUAUACAUAUGAUCAGUUUAUUAGGUACACUCUGCUGGUGCUGGGUUGCACUCUUACAUCAUCCAGCUGCCGCCCCACAGUGGACGCUGUGGAGUGAACUCGAGAAAGCAGUCUGAGGUGAUUUGAGGUUUGUGGCAUGGUGUGAUAACCUGCAGCCAUCAGAAGAUGAUUAAACCAGGUCAGCAGCAGUACUCAGGAAGGCUGUGGUGUUUAAACGAUGCUCAGUUGGUACUUAGGGCUCCACAGUGUGCCACCAAAAGAACGCCCACACUUUAAUACCGGCACACAGAGCCUGGCCCACUGCUGCAGGCCACGACGGCUCCAUGCUGUCACUGUGGUGAAAUUCGGACACUAUCAUCUGUAUAUUGUAGCAGAAAUAAAGACUCAUCAGGGUGUUUUUGCAAACUUCUGUCGUCCAGGUUUGGUGAGUGAACCGUAGCCUGCUGUACUUGGCUGAGCAGCACCUGGUCUAGUCUCCUGCUGCUGCUAACGUGUCGUGUGUUUUCUCCUUUUUCAGACCGUUCUCUGUUAACCUAGAUACGGUCGUGGAGGAAAGUCUUGUGAUUGGCUGUUAAUGAGCCGUCAAACAGGUGUACCAAAUGAAGUGGUCAGUGAGUGUAUGUUUAUUGUGACAUAUUCUUCACCUAAAGCAGAGAAUAUGACUUCAUUCUCAAAAACAACUUGUAAACCACGAUGAUGUUCGUUGUUUUCCCCUUUAAAUGCUACAGUGUGUGGUCAGCGGCUCCAUUCCUGUCACACUCUCUACAAAUGAUUUCAUUUUUUGCAUUAGAGCAGGUCUAACCAUGGCUCUGAUAAAGUUUUGACACAGCACUUAUAUUUUAAAUUGAAGUGAGUUGCAGUGAAAAGAAUCAGAGGCUCAUUUAAGUGAGACAUGAUGCACUUGAUUGGAUGUGUGUGUUUACUGUGUUUGUGGGGGAGGAGCUUCUCCUCCUUUAUGUUCUCAUCACCUUUCAUCUGUAAAUGGUCGACAUAUGCAUUCUCCCCUCUGUGGUCUUUGAAUAAAUACUCAUUACCACGAGGCUGUCUGUGGAGUGUCUGUACUACACUAUAUCUGUGCACAGUCAAGCUCGAAUAACUGACACUUGAAAUGUGGUUUGAAACACCAGAAACAUCAAAAAUGAGCUAAAAGAGUCCAGCUUUGGACCGGCACACUGUUCAGGGUUCAAGUUCCCUCACAAUCA